AUGUCGAAAACUGGAUCGCCCGACUCUUUGUAUGUAUUCCAUGUUCUCGUCCUAGGCCUCAUCACCAUCGCUCCCUGGGCUACACUUAUCUUCUUCGACGUGGCCCUCUACAUCUGGCGGAUGUUGACGUAUGAGCUCCCCGUAAUUGGCGGCAGGGCGAGGGGGAGACAGCGGCCUCGUGCGCCCAGCCUGAAUGAAAGACCAAAUGGCCAGCGGAGGGCCUUUGUGCUAGCAAGCUACGAGGCACCUGGGACUGAAAAGGAAGAGAACAACGGGCUAAAAGGAAAGUAA